CACGUGGACUGAGAAGAGAGGAGGCCCAGGAAUACCGCUCCUCAAGGCGGCCCCGCAGCUUCCUGGCGGGCACCACCCCCAGGACUCUGGAGUCAGGCAGAACCGGUGUUGAAAGCGGGCUGUGGGGCUCCGUUGCUGAGCGCUCUUGGCGAAGCUGGGUACCCUCCCUGUGAUCAGCAGUCACACCUGGCGAGAAUGGGCAUCUCAUAGGACUGCUGGGCGAGGACUUGAGGUGCGCCAGGUCUGCCUGUGUCAUCAGCACUUGGAAGGCUAGAAAAGGAGGAGGGACCUGUACACAAUUCCUGCAGGACAGGAAAAGGAGGGGACAUCUCAACAUGGAAAGAUUCUACAAUGAAAAUGAAGGAAAGCCAGAAGAUGAAGUAGAUACAGAAGAUGAAGGAAAGUCAAAUGAGGAGGAAAAGCCUGAAGUGGAAGGGAAGCCAGACCAUGAGGGAAAGCUUCAGGACGAGGGACAGCCAGAUGACGAGGGACAGCCAGAUGAUGCUGGGGAGCAAGAAAAGCUGGGCAAGUCUGAAGAUGAGGGAAAAGCACGCAGUGAGGGCAAGCCGGAACCCCAGGCAAAGCCAGGGAGUGAGCCGAGGGCUGCCGAGAAGCGCCCGGCUGAAGAUUAUGUGCCUCGGAAAGCAAAACGAAAAACAGACAGGGGGACGGACGAUUCCCCCAAGGACUAUCAGGACGACUCACAGGACAGGCACGUGGGCAGUGAGGAGAUGAGAGAAUGUAGAGAUGUGUCAAGGGCUCAGGAAGAGCUAAGGAAAAAACAGAAAAUGGGUGGUUUUCAUUGGAUGCGAAGAGAUGUGCAGGAUCCAUUCACCCCAAAGGGCCAAUGGGGUGUCAGGGGAGUGAAGGGCGGAGGUAGGGGCCAAAAGAGCUUACAUGAUAUCCCAUAUUUUUAGUGCCCUUGGCCUUCAUUUCUGGUUUUUCUGAUGAGAGUAUUGCUGACCCUGCUUUCCCUGGCAGGCAUUUGCCAGGCCAUGUGCUGUAACUUUAAGCUGAUAGUUUGCUUUAGGUGUCACUCUUGUUGGCAGCAGCCUUUUGAUCCAACUACAGCACUCUGUUUCAGUAGGGGAUUUCUACCCAUGUGCAUGGAAGGGAUGUCCAUGGUACUUUGUAAAACAACAAUAAAGAAAAACUUUUCAGAACCACA